GCGGCGGAGCCCGAUCCCGCGAAGAUGGUGCGGAAACUGAAAUACCACGAGCAGAAGCUGCUGCGGCGGCUGGACCUGGUGAACUGGGAGGCGUCGGGCGGGAACCUGGCAGAGGUGCGGGCGCUGCGGCGGUACCGGGUGGGCCGGCGGGAGGACUACGUGCAGUACAAGGCGCUGGCCCGCGCCGUGCGCGCCCUGGCCCGCCGGCUCCGCGACCUGGGCCCGGCCAGCGCCGCCUUCCGCGCCCGCUGCGCCUCCGCGCUGCUGGAGAAGCUGCACGGGCUGGGGCUGGUGAACAGCCGGCAGUCGCUGGCCGUCUGCGAGAGCCUCUCGGCCGCCGCCUUCUGCCGCCGGCGCCUGCCCUGCCUGCUGGUGAAGCUGCGCAUGGCGCAGAACCUGCGCCACGCCGUCACCUUCGUGGAGCAGGGGCACAUCCGCGUGGGGCCCGAGGUGGUGACAGACCCCGCGCUCCUCGUGCCCCGCGCCGUCGAGGACUUCAUCACCUGGGUGGACGCCUCGCGUCUGCGGCAGAAGGUGCUGGACUACAACCAGGAGCGCGACGACUUCGACCUGGCCGCGUAGGGCUGCCCUGCUGCCUUGCUCGCAGGACACACACCCUGAUAAAACCACCGCGGGAUAUUCGCACACCUGCCAAGGGGGCCAGGAGGCAACUCUUUGCUUCCAGUUUCGUGUUGACCUGCUCCUGGCUCCCUUUCACAGCUGAUGGUUCCAUUCAUCCCUACAAAGGAACGUCCUUUUCACAUCCACUGCUCUGAGAAUAUAUCCAGUGGCCCAGCUCCAUCAUUAUUCCUGGCAUUCCCUCCCUCCAGUGUCAGCCCAGCAGCACAGCUCCAUCAUCAUCAUCCCCAGCUCCAUGAUCCUUAAAAGUGCAUCUCCGUCAUCCUUACACCCCCUAAAGCAAAAGUGCUUGGAACAGUCUCUUCCUAAUUGCAGGAGAGGAUUUUGGUCAGGCUUAAGUGCUUGGCAGCUUAAUACCAGCUGCUGGAAGGGGUUUGAAGCCAAGCCGAGUGGCUGUUUUAAGACUGAGUUUAGCAGCUUUGCUGCUCUUUUUGCAAGAGGUUGUGCUGAUUCCUCUUCCACCUGUUGAAUGCACUGGAGUCAGAGUUAUUUCUGGAAGGGUUUUCCCUUGAUAUCAAGGAACAAGGAGGGAAUGCAGGGAUUUGUGAGGGUCAGCAGUAAACAAGAAGGUCAAAUACUGUGUUUCUGGAACUGUUAAAAGUUUUAGCCAAAAACAGAAUUUAAAAAAAACAACAAAACCAAAAAAAUUUUAUUGUCAUGUGAAGUUGUCAAGGAAAGCUUGAUGCUUUGAGUUCAGUGUCUUUGCUGUGUGGGGUUCUACGUGCCAUUAGGCAUAAUUUAUGGAACAGGAUCUAACUGGGGAGGUGUUGGAGCAAAAGCUGAUCUAACCAUAACUAUAGAUUUGGGGGAACUUUUGCAUUUAGCACAUUAGCCACAGGCUGCUGGCAACUUUGUUCUGUUUUGAUAAAAAAAGCAGAAAAACAAAAAUAAAACUUGCAUUUUUUUAGUUGGUG